CGCCAUAAAUUCUGGAUAGGCUCCUGCCAGUGUCCAGUGCAGGUGCAGUGCACAAGAGGAGCCUGCGUUGGCCGCCACCGCCGCCGCCGCCGGUACGAACACACAGUAAGCUGCUGGUGUCGAACAGAACGCUACAGCAUGCUGCGCUAGGGAACCCAUCUUCUUCUUCCCCGCGCUGCCUGCUGCCUGCUCGAGCUUGGAGAUGGCGUUGGUGCGGCGAUGCCUCUGUGGAUCCGAGGAAGACUGCAGAGCGCUUUUGGGCAUGGAAAAUCUCCGGCUGUUCUCCUACAGAGAGAUCAGAGCAGGCACAAACAACUUCGAUCAGAGUAACAAGCUUGGACGAGGUGGUUUUGGAACUGUCUACAAGGGAGUUCUAAGAGACGGCACUGAAUUUGCCGCGAAGGUUCUGUCCUCGGAAUCCGAGCAGGGGAUCAAGGAGUUCCUAGCUGAGAUCGAGAGCAUAUCCCAGGUGAAGCACGCGAACCUCGUCAGGCUUCUGGGCUGCUGCGUACAGAGGAAAAAAAGGAUACUGGUGUACGAGUACCUUGCGAACAACAGCCUCGAUCAUGCGCUCAAAGGAGCAGCAGCAGAUCUACCCUGGAGCACGAGGUCGGGCAUCUGCUUGGGCACCGCCAAGGGGCUGAGCUACCUGCACGAGGAGCACGAGCCGAACAUCGUGCACAGGGACAUCAAAGCCAGCAAUGUUCUUCUCGACCGAGACUACCUGCCAAAGAUCGGAGAUUUCGGGCUCGCGAAGCUGUUCCCGGACAACAUCACCCACAUCAGCACCGCAGUGGUCGGAACGAGUGGAUACUUGGCGCCUGAAUACUUCGUGCAUGGGCAGCUGACCAAGAAAGCCGACGUCUACAGCUUCGGGGUGCUUGUCCUGGAGAUCGUCAGCGGGAGGAGGGUCUCGCAAACGAUCCAGUCGGACAUGUUCCCGGUGCGAGAGGCAUGGAUGAUGUACCAGCAAGGCAGGCUGCUAGAGAUCGUGGACGCGAGCAUGGGGAGCUACCCGGAGAAGGAGGUGCUCCGGUACAUCAAGGUGGGGCUGGCCUGCACGCAGGCCACGCCCAGCAGCCGCCCCACGAUGCGCCAGGUGCUUGCCUUGCUGUCGGAACGGAGAUGCUCCCGCCGAGUUUCGCCGAGCACCGCGGCCACCACACGGCCCCUGCCCUGGGGGGUUUGCCCGCCGGUCCGCUAAUCCAUGCGUCGCCGAGGGCGAGGUGGCCGGCGGCGGCGCCGUCAGCAGCAACGUCGCCGAAGCAGGUCCUGAGCCUGAACGCGCAACCGGCAAUCCGGCAUGUAACUGAAACUGAUAUAGUCACGUGUGAGGCGGCGUUCGUUCUGUCACGUAAUCACUUGCGUUAGAAUUUGAUUUUCUAGUCUUGUUCGUGCUCGCAGUUUGGACCGGGAAAAAAGGGUAGGAGGGGCUAGGCAGGUCCAUAAACGAGCAUAUUGUUUUUAAUCUCAAUCCAUAUGAGUUAGAGAGGAUUGAGAAUCUGUUCAUUUUAAUCUCAAUUCAUGUGGAUUGAAAGAAAUUGAGUAGAUUUAAAUC